GAGAAAGCGAAGCGACUUCCUUCAGGCUUGCUUAUUUAUGCGCCCCGAACAAUAGUCAAGCCUUUACCUUUUAACACCAUCCAUGCACACACUGGAAUACAGGGGCUACAUACACCUUUUACUGAGGCGUUUUGCGAUUUUAGCCGGGGUCGAAGUCCUAUUCGCCCCUUGUCGCCGUUCUUUGGACCCUUGCUGUAUGGCCUCACCCAGCGGGCCCACCAGGGAUGACUUGGACAAGCUACUCUUCCGUCUCGUUAUGGCGGAGGACAGUCGGAUAGAAGGCCUCAUACGCUUGCAUUUGCCCAUGCUCAUGGACCUAAUGUCCACUACUUCGGACGAAGGAAUCAGAAAUAAGGUAGUAGAGUGCUGCUCCCACCUUCUCAAGCGUCUCCGAGCAGACAACAAAUUGCAAGUUCCAUGCGACGUCCUGCUCGAAAAAGCUCGUUCACCCGUCAAUGGAGCAUUCACAAAAAAUUUUGCAUUAGUAUUCUUGGAGAUAGGGUGCCCUCGCUUGCCUGCUGAAGCCAAAAAUGCUUUAGGCUGGGCCUUGUUGGUGGGCUUGGCGGCAGAGGGCACGGCAGAUGAAGCGAAGCCCUUCGGGAGACACCAAGUGGCAUUGGUACACUGCUUCUUGGAGACGGUGGCCUUCCUAAGGCCGGGAACUGGGGCCUCAUUCACCGCCACGCAAGCCUCAGCGUCUUCCAUGACGGCUCCCUCGUCGGGGACCAGGUCGCCCGUCAGGGAGGACGCUGGCCAGACUCCGCUUGGGAGCCGCGUGUCCGAAUGCACCCUGCCCCACCCAUCCGCUCAAGACAUGGCCUUCCUCCGCGAGCUCUUCCUCGACAUCCUCCUUGUCCCCAACGCCUC